AUGAAGUUCGUAUCAGCCGCUGCCCUGCUUCUCGCCGCUCCGCUCGUCGCGGCGGCGUCCAUCCCCAGCAUCUUCGACCCGACGCAGGCUCCCAUGAGUGCGGCCAACAGCGUGCGAAACAACCCGGUCGAGGGUGACAAUCCUUUGGAAUUCUGUGAACCUCCUACGUCUCAUCUUCUCACCAUCGACUCCGUCGACUUGUCUCCCAACCCCCCCAAAGCUGGCCAGACCCUCACUAUCACCGCCUCGGGCGUCUUCCACGAACGCAUUACCUCCGGCGCCACGGUAAACAUUGUUGUCAAAUAUGGUCUCAUCACCUUGAUCAGGCAGACUAUGGAUCUCUGCGAACAGAUUGAGAACGUCGACUUGAAAUGCCCUCUCGAGAAGGGAAGAAUGACCAUGACCAAGCAGGUGGACCUGCCAAGCCAAAUUCCUCCCGGCACCUAUUCCGUCCUUGCUGAUGUCUACACCGAGGACCACAAGAAGGUCACCUGCCUCAUGGCUAAUGGCAUCCGGUUCAGUAUUGGUGGACACUGA